AGGAUUAGGGCUUUUCUCUACUGUGCAACUGAAUGGGCAGUGGAGCUGCUUCUACAUCUUGUUAUAAGCAGUCCUUGUUAAUUUUGCUAGGGUUUUUGAUUGCCGCUUGCCGAAACCAGACUGUCGUAUUGGGUACUUUACAUUGGGAUUCCGUUCUCCCGUUCUUUGCCACUGUGAUUCUUAUUCUUGUAUUGGUGUUUCGCAUAAAUUUUUUCAGCAAGAGAAGAGGAAAUUUUUGGCUUGAAUGGGAAGCAAGAAAAGGAGUUCUGGUUCUGUCGAGGAAGUAGAUAAUUUGGUAGAUUCUAACACUGAGAAUGUAGCUUCUAAUCCUCUUAAGAAGAAACUGAAGAAGUGUAAGAAAAAAGAUGAAGAAACAGCACAUGGGGAUGCUCCUGCUGUUCCUAGUUCAGUAAAACCCAUGGAAAGAAGGAAGGAAAGGAAGGCUUUGGACAAAGAAAGGCACCGCCUUGCUUUGGAAAAUCAAGAAUCAAAGCCUAAACUAAUGGAAGUAGAAAAAGAUGUUAAUGAAACUCGGGGGCAGAUACUGGGAUCAUCCAAUGGUGAUUUGCCUGAGUUCCAUAUUGGUGUUUUCAAGGACUUGGCAUCAGCAGAUGUUUCUGUGAGAGAAGCUGCUGUAGAGAGAUUGGUGACAGAAUUGCAGGCGGUUCAGAAUGCAUAUGAGAUGGUUGAGAAUAAGGAAGUGAUUGAAGGUGGAUUGAAAUUGGAAGCUGAAAAGGAUGAUGGGCUGAAUAAUUGUGCACCUUCUUUGAGAUAUGCUGUGCGUAGGCUUAUUCGUGGUGCUUCAUCAUCAAGAGAGUGUGCAAGACAAGGAUUUGCAUUAGGUUUGACUGUGUUAGUUGGCACAAUUCCUAGCAUCAAGCUGGACUCAUUACUGAAGCUAAUAGUUGAUUUGUUAGAGGUUUCUUCAUCAAUGAAGGGUCAGGAAAUAAGGGAUUGUCUUUUAGGUCGUUUGUUUGCUUAUGGUGCUCUUGCCCGAUCAGGAAGAAUGACCCAAGAGUGGAUGUCUGAUCAAAGUAUAUCUCCGAACAUGAGCUCAUUCAUCAAGGAAUUCAUCAACGCUCUUCUCUCCCUUGCAUCAAAGAAGCGAUAUUUGCAGGAGCCUUCCAUUGAAAUUAUUUUAGAUUUGGUUGAAAAGUUGCCAACUGAUUUCUUGCUGAAUCAUGUACUUGAGACUCCUGGUCUUCGUGAGUGGUUUGAGGGAGCUACAGAUGUUGGAAAUCCUGAUGCGCUGCUUUUAGCCUUGAAAAUUCGUGAUAAAAUUUCUGUUGAUAGUGUGAUAUUCAGCAAUAUUUUGCCAUAUCCAUUUACCCCUAGCAGACUUUUUGCAUCAGACCAUUUGUCCUCACUUGUUAACUGCUUGAAGGAAUCAACUUUCUGUCAACCAAGAAUUCACAGUGUCUGGCCUGUCCUGGUAAGUAUUCUUUUACCUGAUGCUGUUUUGCAAGUUGAAGAUAUGGUGUCAGCUUCUAAUUCUCUUAAGAAGCAUAAGAAAGGUCGCAAGCCUAGCUCUUCUGAAGAGGAAACUUCAAAGAUUAUUCAGAAUUUUUGUGAGGUUAUCAUUGAGGGAUCACUUCUUCUUUCAUCUCAUGAUCGUAAGCAUUUGGCAUUUGAUAUUCUGCUUCUGCUCCUUCCAAGAUUACCUGCAUCUUUGUUUCCAAUUGUUCUAUCCUACAAACUUGUUCAGUGCCUUAUGGAUACACUUUCAACAAAAGACUCUUGGCUGUAUAAAGUUGCAGAGCAUUUUCUUAAAGAAUUGUCAGAUUGGGUUGGAAAUGAUGAUGUCAGAAGGGUUGCUGUCAUAGUGGCUUUACAAAAGCAUAGCAAUGGAAAAUUUGAUAACGUCACAAGAACAAAAACAGUUAAAACUUUAAUGACAGAGUUUAUGACAGAAGCAGGUUGUAUGCUGUUUAUUCAGAAUUUAAUGAACAUGUUUGUGGAUGAAGGUCACACUUCAGAGGAACCUUCAGAUCAGAGCCAGACAACUGAUGACAACUCCGAGAUAGGUUCAAUAGAGGAUAAGGAUUCAGGUAGUGCAAUGGGAAAUUCUGAUUUUUUGAAAAUCUGGGUUGUGGAGUCCCUCCCAAGUAUUUUGAAAUGUUUGAAGCUGGAUUCUGAAGCAAAGUUUCGGGUGCAAAAGGAAAUUUUGAAGUUUCUAACUGUUCAAGGUCUGUUCUCUGCAUCUCUUGGAUCUGAAGUUACAUCUUUUGAAUUACAGGAGAAAUUUAGGUGGCCAAAAGUAGCCGCCUCAAGCGCCACUUGCAAGAUGUGUAUUGAGCAGGUCCAACUUUUGCUGGCAAGUGCUCAAAAGAUGGAGGGGCCACAUUCUUUGGCAAAUGUCCUUGAGCCCAAUGAUCUUGGGUCUUACUUCAUGCGAUUCCUUAGCACAUUACGCAAUAUUCCUUCCAUUUCUCUGUUUCGACCUUUGAGUAAUGAGGAUGAAAAGGCAUUGGAAAGAUUGCAAGAAAUGGAAACUAGAUUGUCCAGAGAGGAAAGGAAUUGUGGGCAUAGUACAGAUGUUAAUAAAUUACACGCAUUGAAGUAUUUACUGAUCCAGUUGCUGCUCCAAGUGCUCCUUAGACCAGGAGAAUUCUCUGAAGCUGUGUCUGAACUUGUCAUCUGCUAUAAGAAAGCUUUUGCAGCUUCUGAUCUGCUUGACACCUCAGGAGAAGAUGAAUUGGAUAGUGAUGGGAGUCCUGAGUUAAUGGAUGUUCUUGUGGAUACAUUGCUUUCAUUGUUGCCACAGUCUUCAGCUCCUAUGCGAUCUGCCAUUGAACAGGUUUUCAAGUAUUUCUGUGAUGAAGUGACAAAUGAUGGACUUCUUCAGAUGUUGCGUGUCAUCAAGAAGGAUUUGAAACCAGCCAGACAUCAGGAACCGGAUAGCGAAGAUGAUGAUGAUGAUGAAGAUUUUCUUGGUAUUGAAGAAGAUGAAAUUGAUGAAGCUGAGAUAGGUGAAACAGUUGAGAUUGAAGAGCAGACAGAUGAUUCUGAGGCAGUAGUAGAAGCUGACGAAGCUGUCAAGGAAUCACCUAUAGAUUCUGAUGAUUCUGAUGGAGGAAUGGAUGAUGAUGCAAUGUUCCGAAUGGACACCUACCUUGCCCAAAUUUUCAAAGAGAGGAAGAAUCAGGCUGGGGGUGAAACUGCUCAAUCCCAGCUUGUUUUGUUCAAACUUCGAGUCCUUUCAUUGCUGGAGAUUUACCUACAUGCAAAUCCAGGCAAGCCUCAAGUUCUGACAUUGUACUCAAACUUGGCAUCUGCACUUGUUAAACCACAUACUACAGAAAUCAGUGAGCAGCUUGGACAGCGUAUAUGGGGAAUCCUGCAAAAGAAAAUAUUUAAAGCAAAGGACUUCCCAAAGGGUGAAGCCGUGCAACUGUCUACACUUGAAUCUUUAUUGGAAAAGAACUUAAAGUUGGCAUCAAAACCAUUCAAGAGGAAGAAAUCUGCAGUUCCAUCAAAGAAGAAGCAGUCAGCCUCAUGGAAGCGCCACAAAAUGAUUAUUUCCCUUGCCCAGAAUUCAACCUAUUGGAUUCUGAAAAUCAUUGAUGCCAGAAAAUUUUCUGAUUCUGAACUGCACAGAGUUUUUGAUAUUUUUAAAGGGGUGUUGGUGGGAUAUUUUGACAGUAAAAAGUCUCAAAUAAAAUCUGAAUUUUUGAAAGAAAUAUUCAGAAGAAGGCCAUGGAUUGGGCACCAUCUAUUUGGCUUCCUUUUGGAGAAAUGUGGCAGUGCAAAGUCUGAAUUUCGCCGAGUUGAUGCGCUUGAUUUAGUGAUGGAAAUUUUGAAGUCGAUGGUUUCUUCUGGCACUGACGAAAGCAGCCGCAAUGCAUCAAAAAAGAUGUUGAAAAACCAUCUGCAAAAGCUCAGUCACCUGGUAAAGGAAUUGGUGAUGAAUAUGCCAGAAAACAAGUCAAGGCGGGCUGAGGUGCGCAAGUUUUGUGGUAAGAUCUUCCAGAUUGUGUCAAUCCAUGACAUUACGAAAUCAUUCCUUAAAGAAUUGGCCCCCGAGACCCAAGCUGCCUGUGAAUUGCAACUUGGUGAGCUAUUUCAUAAUAUGAAGAAAGCCAAGGACAACCCUAAGAAUUGAUAUAGCUAGUUCUCCUGAAUAUUAUAUAAUUUGGGAUUGCCUCAAGUUGCCUGCUAUGUUCUUCAAACAUGCCUAUUUAUUAGUCAGCAUGUUAUUUACUUGGAACAAAUUGGACAAGAUACUCUUAACAAUAGAAGCAUCAACUUACCUAUUCGUAUGAUUA